AGCUGAGUGAGGCUGGAGUUGGAUGGGAUGGACCGUAAGGGAUGGUCUGGGAUGGACAGUACCAGUAAGGGGCGGUCUCUGCCCUCGGUGCCAGAGGCCCUCAACCCAGUCAGCAUGAAGCAGCCAUCGAGCCCCUGGGGGAGGAUGGGUCGGGGUGGGGGUGACCUGGGGGUGGACCCUGCCCUGCUGAUGGACAAGGCAGCUUCCCAGUUGGCCGUGACGCUCCAGGACAGUGUUCUAAACCAGAUGGCCUCUCAUGGUCAUAGUCAUGAGAGGCUGAAGGACCUGACGUCCCGCAUGCUGAACGGAGACCAGGACAAGCUGCCCAAGCUGUGCCCCUCCGAGCCCCCCAUCCUGAAGGGUACUGAGGCCCCCUCCUCCCACCCCAGCCCCCAGAGGAAGGCCACCUCCCCCGAGAUUAAACUGAAGAUCACCAAGAUGGUGUCCAAGGGGAAGCCGGCGCGCUUCGAGACGUUCUGUGGAGAGGGGCCCAACCUGCCUACUGAGGACCUCCUGGUUCCAGCCAGUAGGGCGGGGAGGAAGAGGAGACUCAUCAAACCCAAACCUCUGCACAAACUUGCCUCCAACCAUGACCCAGUUCCAGGGGAGAUGUCAGCUGCCAGUCAGCCAGAGGAGGGCACUGCUGCACCACAACAGAUCCAGCAGGCCAGUCCUCUGGUGGAACAGAGACAGGAAGAGGAGCUCCCUGUCAAUACAGUGUUCUCUGUGGGUGAUGUCGUGUGGACCAAGGUGUCAGGAUACCCAUGGUGGCCCUGCAUGGUCUCUACCGACCCAGAACUCAACACACACCUCAAACACAAAGCAAUUAACAGCCAUACGCCUGGCAUCCUAUAUCACGUCCAGUAUUUUGGGAACACCCCGGAGAGGGGCUACAUCUUUCAGAAGAACAUGGCCUCCUUCAGUAGGGAGGAACAAUAUGUUGAGCUCUGCCAUGGCAACAAACAACCAUCUUCCCAGGUCUUCCACAGAAAGAGUACCACUUCUUCCGUACCUCGGAAGCUCCAUGCCCAAUGGGUGGUGGGCAUCACUCAGGCCAAGGAAGCUGCCAGCCUGGCCCUGGAGGAACGCCUGGCCAAGUACACCUUUACCUACGAUACUAACGGGCCACACCUCAACCCCCGCCUGCAGGCUGAGCCCGGCUGUGCUGAGCAUGUCCCCGCUGAGCUCGGUCCCGCUGAGUUCGGUCCCGCUGAGCAUGGCCUCGACCUUGGACCAAAGCAGACAAAGGCCCAAACCCCGGACCAGGAGCUAUCCAGGCUGACCCUCCUGUCUCCCAGCCCAACCAGUUCCCAGGCCCAGCCCACCCCCACAGACUGCAGCACUUCACUGGAGAAAAAGAAGAGCGGCAGCCCCAGAACAACAGAUGGAACUGAGAAACAAGGGAAAUGGAAGCAGACCACUUCAACACUGAAAAAGGAAACAACUAAGAAGACUAAAGUCCUGGUCUCCCAUAAAGGACAAACAGAGAUGCCCUCUCAGGAUCUUGUCUCCCUAGCUCAGAGACUGAACUACUUGAACCUCACGAGCAGAAACAGAAGACGUCCAAACAGGUCCAAGGGGGUUGCCUUGACUACCAACAUGCUAGAAACCCUGUCACAUGCACCUGUAGCUGAGAAGGAUUGUCAGAAGAAGCAGCUGCCUUGUAAACAAGCUCUAGAAAUCGAUGAGGACAAGGACCAACAACCCAAGAAGAAACGCGAAGUUGGCGACAAACAGAAGGCUGUGUCAGCAGAGUCCUCCGCCCCCACGAAGAAGAGAAACAGAAAGAAAACAGAGACACAUGUUAAAGGAUUCCCUUGUUCUAAAGAACUAGAGAAGACAAAGCCAAUCAGGAAGAGGAGGCUGGACUCAGCCAGCCAGUUAGCAGCCUCCCAGACCAAGAAGAGGAAGAGAGCAGCAGCCAGUCCUGAGCCAGAGGGCUCUGGCAGUGAGGAGCGUCCAGAGUCCCCCAGUGACAGCAUAGACCAGGCCAACGGGGCCAAGAAGACUAACGGAGGAGGCCCCAAGAAGGAAUCUGUCUGUCAGGUGUGUGAGCAGGCUGGAGAGGAUGUGGUGCCAUGUGAGGGUCAGUGCUGUGGGUCCUUUCACCUCUCCUGUCUAGGAUCCACCCUGAAACCACAGGACAAGCUGCUCUGUCCAGACUGCACCUCAGGGGUGCACCAGUGUUUCAGCUGUAAGCUAUCGGAGGGGGAGGUGCAUCGCUGUAACGUGCAGCACUGUGGGAAGUUCUACCAUGAAGCCUGCGUCCGCCCCAACGCCCUCACGGUUUUCGACAAGGGCUUCCGCUGCCCCCUCCACUCCUGUCUCAGCUGCCACUCUAAACCCAAGGCUACCAAGGGUAAGCUGAUGCGUUGCCUGCGCUGCCCGGUGGCGUACCAUACAGGAGAGGUGUGUGUUGCGGCUGGCAGUGAGAUGUUGACCACCACCAUCAUCUGCACCAACCAUUUCUCACCCAAGAAGGGCUACAGCCACCACUCUCAUGUUAACGUCAGCUGGUGCUUCGUCUGCUCCAAAGGUGGUCAGCUCCUGUGCUGUGAGUCGUGUCCAGCUGCGUUCCAUCCAGACUGUCUGAACAUCGACAUGCCGGAUGGCAGCUGGUUCUGUAACGACUGCCGGGCCGGAAAGAAACCCAAAUACAGAGACAUCAUCUGGGUCAAACUGGGCAACUACAGGUGGUGGCCUGCAGAGAUCCAUCACCCUCGGAACAUCCCCACCAACAUCCAGCACCUUCGCCACGAGAUCGGAGAGUUCCCAGUCUUCUUCUUUGGUUCUAAGGACUACUUCUGGACGCACCAGGGCCGAGUUUUCCCCUACAUGGAGGGAGACCGGGGCAGCAGGUUCCAGAGGAAUGGGAUAGGGAAGGUCUUCAAGAACGCGCUGUUGGAGGCGGAGACUCGCUUCAAGGAGAUCAAGAUGGAACGUGAGGCCAAGGAAGCGCAGGAGAACAACCGGAAACCACCUCCGUACAAAUACAUCAAGAUCAACAAGCCCUGUGGCCGGGUGCAGGUCUACACAGCCGACGUGUCGGAGAUUCCCAAGUGUAACUGUAAGCCCACGGACGAGAAGCCGUGUGGGUUUGAGUCAGAAUGCCUGAACAGGAUGUUGAUGUACGAGUGCCACCCUCAGGUCUGUCCCAACGCAGAGCGAUGCUGCAACCGGGACUUCACCAAGAGACACUACCCAGAGACGAAGAUCAUCAAGACUGCUGGCAAGGGCUGGGGCCUGGUGGCACUACGGGAUAUUAAGAAGGGUGAGUUUGUGAAUGAGUACAUCGGAGAGCUGAUCGAUGAAGAGGAAUGUCGCUCCAGGAUCAAGUACUACCAGGAGAAUGACAUCACUCACUUCUACAUGCUCACCAUCGACAAGGAUCGGAUUAUAGACGCCGGCCCUAAAGGGAACUACUCCCGCUUCAUGAACCACAGCUGCCAGCCCAACUGUGAGAAGAAAUGGACGGUGAACGGAGAUACCAGGGUUGGGCUCUUCGCUGUCUGUGACAUCCCUGCUGGGACAGAGCUCACCUUCAACUACAACCUGGAUUGCCUUGGUAACGAGAAGACUGUGUGUCGCUGUGGGGCUCCCAACUGUAGUGGUUUCCUUGGAGACCGCCAAAGGUGAGCCUCCGGUUUCCAGGCCGCGGAGCCCAAGGGGAAGAAAGCCAAGAAGAAAGUGAAGAAGCGUCGGACACGGAACGAGGGGAAGGAGUCUGAGGACGAGUGUUUCCGCUGUGGAGACGGAGGGCAGCUGGUUCUGUGUGACAAGAAGAGCUGCACCAAGGCCUUCCACCUCUCCUGCCUGGACCGAACCAAGAGACCCUUUGGGCGCUGGGACUGCCCGUGGCACCACUGUGACGUGUGUGGGAAGCCAUCUGAGGCCUUCUGCCAGCUGUGCCCCAACUCAUUCUGCAAGAACCACCAGGAGGGGGCGCUACGGCCCUGGCUCCACACCGGACAACUCUGCUGCCAGGAGCACGAUGACCCCUGACCUGGAGCGGACUGACUGAUCAGGUGCCUCUAAAUGCUCCAAGAGAGGCCGACCUGCAGCAGAACAUGACCCAACUCCAUAAUAAUGUUUUCAAUAUGACUGACAGCACUGUAUGUCUCUCUCAUCAGGGAUUUUCUCAACAGCUCAUUCAACCAAUCGGGUCCUUCCACUCAGCUUGUACCUGUUGUGUUUGUCUGCACUGUGGUAGAAAGCACAAAGACAACAUGGCACCUCAGACAGAUACAGCAUUAGUCUCAUCAUUCCUCUCCCCAGUAGUUGUGUGUGUGUAUAUAUAUAUAUAUAUAUAUAUAUGUGUGUAUGUAUAUGAAAGACCAAAAUGAAAAUACUGGAAUAUUGUUAGUACCAGGUUGAAACUGUUUUUAUCUGAAGUAAUAUCGUAAGGCACUAUGGAUAAGUCUUGACUUACGUUUACUAUAGGCAAGUACUGCAUAUUGUUUUCAUUUGAGUAAUGUGAUGCCCACCUGUUCAGAGUUAUUAGAGCUGAAACUCCAUCACGUUGCUGCUGACCUCUAUAUGUACCUGUGGCUUUAAUACCGGAAUAAAGAGGACUUUAUUUGAAGUUA